UGUAUUAACAGAGCACCUGUGUCAAGAUUUGGAAGGAUUCUUCAGUGAUCAGAGGCCUAAGUGUCCAAACGGAGGGCUUGGAGGAGGGGACAGGCAGGGAUACAGCUCUGUCCUGCGAGAUCAGACAGUCUACAGUAAGAAUCCAGACUGGCAGGACUAAACAGAAACAGCAGGAGCAAUGAUCUGAUCACCCAGAGAGAUGUGGACAAUGCUUAACCUUCUUCUGAGCACUUUUAAUGAUUCCAGGGAGGGAGCAGUGAGGACGCAGAUGAUGAUGAAGUGCCUGCUGAGUGUGUGAGUCCUGGCUCGUGCUGGCCAGAUGGCUAAGGUUAAAGACACGGUGCAGGAGGAUCCAAAUCUGGGCUCCGGGCCAGAUGACGAUGCCUCUGAGUUGUCGGAUUCUGAGAAUGAUUCAGAUUCUGGGAGUGUGCUGUCAGAUGACUCCAUGCUCCCUGACUAUGAACAGGAAGAUGCCAGUGGAGGCUCUGCCAACACCUUGUACCAAGCCUGUGCCAAGAACAAUGCAGCAGCCCUCCGCAGAGUUCUGGAGAGGGGUGUUACAAGAGAAGAAGUCAUGGAACUAGACAUAAAUGGCAGGAAUGGUCUGAUGGUCGCAGUCUCAAAAGGCUUUGUGGAUCUCGUGUAUGGACUCAACCAGUGCCCAUUUCUGGAUAUCAAUCAUCAGGAUAAUGACGGCAACACUGCACUUAUGAUCGCUGCACAGGCUGGUUUCGUAAUCAUCCUCACCUACAUCCUAAAUUAUUUCAGUGGUGUGGACAUGGAGCUCCGGGAUACCCGAGGAUUCACCGCACUCCUCAAGGCAGUGAUCCAGGGCAGCAAUGACUGCAUGGCUUCACUACUCAUGGCUGGAGCCGACAUAAAUGUUGUGGAUGCCGCAAGGGGGAAGGAUAUACGAGAAUGGGCUCUGAAGACAGGUCGCUUUGAGACAUUAAACAGACUUAGACGGCUGAACAGCAGGCCUCAGGCUGAACAAUUCUGUGAAAAAUAUGUCCCAGAGUGGCCAGAUCUGAAGGAGCUAGUGACCAAGGCCACAGCCACAAAAAGCACAGGACAGAAAGUCGCCCAUCGCCUGAAGUCUACUUUCACCUUUAGUUUUCCACAAGACCCCCAGGACCAUGGCAUCAUGGACCAUAUGGUGCGCAUGACCACUAGCAUCCACAGUCCCUUGGUGGUCAGUGGAUGCCGUCCUCUGUGUCCAUCAAGCCCGCCGGAGAUUGGAAAGAGACGCUUGGCCGUGCCUGAACUGAUGCAGAUGCACCCUGGGAAAAAGCUUGAGGAACAUGCAACGCGGCACAGCAGUGGCUCCAUCUCUGUGGCGUCUACUUCUGCCUCUUCUGUGUCACUUGGCUCAUGCUGCUCUGACUCGGAGCGGAGAGGCAGCGUGCUCUCCAUGGCCUCCAAUGGAGUCCACAAAUUUGUCCCGCGCAGCAUGGCCCGCCGCAAUAGCGUGUUCCCCACCGGCUGCGUCCCCCAAAUCAAAGUGACCAAGUCUGGAGAGCCAACGCCCAAGAAGGAGAAGAAGAAAAAGCUAACCAAAGGUUACUUAGAGCCACCGAUAUGGAAGUAUAAGGAGGCUAAAGAGGAGAGGAAAAAAGAGAAGAAAAAGGAAAAAGCAGAACAAGAGAAAAUGGAUAAAGGAGCCAAGAAAAAAGCUAAAAAAUGAAUAAACUGCCAACAUCAUUCUAGACCUUUCAUAUCUUUUUCAUGAGUUAAAGGGAAAGAGGUCAGGUUUGUAUGGAUGGAUAUGGUUUGUUUUAGAAGAAUGGAUAGCAGGACAAGGCAGUCUUAAGACAUUUGAUUCAUUUAUAUAUCCUCAAUACAAUUAAUACCUCUCCAACAACCAGUAGGCCUAUAUUUACAUCCAUUUUGAACAUUUUCACCUCUGUUUUUCAUUUCUGAUGUUUCAGGUCUUCUCCUUUAAGCACAUACUACUGAAUGUGUUUGCUAUUGCAACAUUAUUCAUUGUAAUGGAUCAUUUUACAAAAUACUUUUAAGCUACAGUGUCAUAUGUUCAGUGUCAUAUGAUCCUUCAGAAAUUAUACUAAUAUGCUGAUUUGGUUCGCAACAGAACCUUUCUUAUUAUUAUCAAUGUUGAAAACAGUUGGGCUUUUUAAUAUUUUUGUGGAAACUGAUACGUUCUUUCAGGAUUCCUUGAUAAAUAGGAAGAUAAGAACGGCAUUAAUUUCAAAUCUUUUGUUACAUUAUAAAUAAUGUCACUUUUAAUCAAUUUAAUUCAUCCUUGAUGAAUAAAGGUAUUUUCUUUAAAAAAGAAAGAAAGAAAGAAAGAAAGAAAGAAAGAAAGAAAGAAAGAAAGAAAGAAAGUCAUACUGAUUCCAAACUUUUAUACGGUAUAGUGUAUUUGUCCCUGUACUGUUAUUGUCAUUUGUCUGCAUUGCACUAUUUUGCAAGCACUUUAAUAGUCUUUUAUCAUACAGGCAAAAGGACACUUACAAUAUUUAUCUUUCCUCUAUGCCUCUAUUACAUUUGAAAUUAAAUGGAUGUAUGAAUUUGUUCAUUUUUUUGUCUUUUUGUGUCUCAGGGAAAGCACUUUUUGUGCACAUUGUAAAGCCAGGCACUAAAACGACUCUUUGUAAAGCAAAAUCUAUGCAACACUUAUUUAAUUAUUAUUAUUUUUAUUGGUGUGCACAUUAUUAUCCUUCAGACUGCAAGACUGAAAUGUUACUGUACAUUGCAUCAGCCAAUAUGUUAUGUGUUCUUGUUUGUUUAGACUGACUAUACAUUGUUUGUGAUAUUCUAGUUGGAUGAAAUAUUUAAUUUAAUUCAAUAAAGGCCACAACACAUAAAAACACAUAUUUGUGAUGUGUUUUUCUGCACUAAUUUUGUUCCAUGAUAUCACUGGAGGUUUUAAACCAAUCACUAAGCUUAAGGCAAGGCUAUAAUUGAAGCAGUAAGGUCAAAACAAAAAGGAGGACAAGUGGACAUUGUGCCAUCCUUACAUAACUGAUCAGAGCUUUGCCUUGAAGUGAGGUGAGGUAGAGCCAUGUUAUCCAAAUUACAGGCUGGGCGUAACAUUUUGAGGACACAACAGUUUUUUUCACAGGAGUUUUUUUUUU